GAUUGCGUCUCAUUUCGCUGCAUAUAUAUCGUAAAUCAGUUUAGUAAACACCAAUUCGGUCACUGCCAAGUAGUGAUGGAGAAAGAAGCCUUUUAAAAACGAAAUUGAAACAAUUUCGCUCCAAAAUGACUCUCUGUUUGUAAUCGCUGGACGUUUGCUAGUCAAAACAGUGUAAAGCAACGACGACAACAAACGCGUAGGUGUACAAACACACAGGAACAUGGCGUUUAUUAAAGAGGAGAACGAAGACUUCAGGAUUGAAGAAGUGUUCAGUAUUACACAAAAAGAUUUCGAGGAACAAACAGACCUCACUGCACUGAAAGAGGAGAAUAAAGAACUGAAUGAAAUGGAGGAGAAAGAUCAGUAUGAGAACCAUCAUGGUUUCAUAACUGAAGGAAAAUCUUUCAGUUGCUCACAGACUACACAGACUUCCUCACCAAAAAUAAUUAAAAAACAGAUAGAAAGUAGAAGUAAUUUAACCUGCUUUCAGUGUGGAAAGCAUUUCAAUCACCAUAGAAACCUGACAAUCCACAUGAGAGUUCACACUGGAGAGAAACCUUACACUUGCCAACAGUGUGGAAAGAGUUUCAGUCAAAAAGGAGUUCUUAACAGGCACAUGAGAAUUCACGCCAGUGAGAAGUCUUAUAAAUGCCAGCAGUGUGGACAGAAUUUUUAUCAACGUCGAAACCUGAAAGUCCACAUGAAAAUUCAUGCAGGAGAAAGCCCUUUCACCUGCCAACAGUGUGGAAAAUGUUUUGAAGGAAAAAGAAACCUUGAUUAUCACAUUAGAGUACACACUAGGGAGAGUCCUUUCAUCUACCAGCAGUGUGGAGUAAGUUUUACUCAGAAAGGAAGCCUUAAAAGGCACAUGCGAAUUCACAGUGGAAAGAAACCUUACUCGUGCCAAGAGUGUGGAGUAAGUUUCAUUCAAAAAGCCACUCUUGAUAGCCACAUGAGAAGUCACACUAGAGAAAACCCUCUCACAUGCCAACAGUGUGGAAAGAGUUUCUGUUCAAAUAGAAACCUUUACAGGCAUAUGAGAAUUCACACUGGAGAGAAACCUUACUCAUGCCCUCAGUGUGGAAAGAGUUUUCAUCAAAAGGGAAACCUUAAACUCCACAUGAAAAUUCAUACAGGAGAGAGGUCUUUUACCUGCCAAGAGUGUGGAAAACAUUUCAGCGAAAAAGUAAACCUUGAUUACCACAUGAGAGAACACACCGGAGAAAGCCUUUUCACCUGUCAGCAGUGUGGAGUAAGUUUUACUCGGAGAUUAAGCCUUAACAAGCAUAUGAGAAUUCACACUGGAGGGAAACCUUUCCCCUGCCAACAGUGUGGACAGAGUUUCAUUCUAAAAGAAAGCCUUAAAAGGCACAUGAGAACUCACACUGUAGAGAAACCUUACUCAUGUGCUCAGUGUGGAAAGAGUUUUUAUCAAAAUGAAAAGCUCAAGGUACACAUGAGAAUUCACACUAGACAAAACAAUUUCACCUGCCAGCAGUGUGGAGCAAGUUUUACUCAGAAAGGAAGCCUUAACAGGCAUAUGAAAAAUCACACUGGAGAAAACCGUUUCACCUGCCAACAGUGUGGAGUAAUUUUCACUCAAAAAGCAACUCUUGAUAGCCACAUGAGAAGUCACACUAGAGAAAACCCUUUGACCUGCCAACAGUGUGGAAAGAGUUUCAGUCUAAAAGAAAGCCUUAAAAGGCAUAUGAGAAUUCACACUGGAGAGAAACCUUACUCAUGCCCUCGAUGUGGAAAGAGUUUUAAUCAAAAAGGACACCUUAAACUCCACAUGAAAGUUCAUAUAAGAGAAAGGACUUUUACCUACAAAUGGCGUGGAAAACAUUUCACCCAAAAAGGAAACCUUAAUUACCACAUGAGUGUACACACUGGAGAAAGCCCUUUCACCUGCCAACAGUGUGGAGUAAGCUUUACACAAAAAGGAACUCUCAAUAGGCACAUGAAAAUUCACACUGGGGAGAAGCCUCACACAUGCCAACAGGGUGGAAAGAGUUUCGAUCAAAAUGAAAAGCUUGAGGUACAUGUGAGAACUCACACUGGAGAAAGCCCUUUUACCUGUCAACAGUGUGGAGUAAGUUUUACUCAAAAAGGAACUCUCAAUAAGCACAUGAAAAUUCACACUGGGGAGAAGCCUCACACAUGCCAACAGUGUGGAAAGAGUUUCAGUCUAAAAGAAAGCCUUAAAAGGCACAUGAGAAUUCACACUGGAGAGAAACCUUAUUCAUGCCCUCAAUGUGGAAAGAGUUUUAAUCAAAAGGGAAACCUUAAACUCCACAUGAAAAUUCAUACAAGAGAAAGGACUUUUACCUACAAACAGUGUGGAAAGCAUUUCAGCCAAAAAGGAAACCUUAAUCACCACAUGAGUUUACACACUGGAGAAAGCCCUCUUAACUGCCAACAGUGUGGAGUAAGCUUUACUCAAAAAGGAACUCUCAAUAGGCACAUGAAAAUUCACACUGGGGAGAAGCUUCACACAUGCCAACAGUGUGGAAAGAGUUUUGAUCAAAAUGAAAAGCUUGAGAUACACAUGAGAACUCACACUGGGGAAAGCCCUUUCACCUGCCAACAGUGUGGAGCAGGUUUUACUCAAAAAGGAACUCUCAAUAGGCACAUGAAAAUUCACACUGGGGAGAAGCUUCACACAUUCCAACAGUGUGGAAAGAGUUUCGAUCAAAAUGAAAAGCUUGAGAUACACACGAGAACUCACACUGGAGAAAACCCUUUCACCUGCCAGCAGUGUGGAGUAAGUUUCACUCAGAAAGCGACUCUCGAUAGCCAUAUGAGAAGCCACACUAGAGAAAACCCUUUGACCUGCCAACAGUGUGGAGUAAGUUUUACUCAAAAAGGAACUCUCAAUAGGCACAUGAAAAUUCACACUGGGGAGAAGCCUCACACAUGCCAACAGUGUGGAAAGAGUUUUGAUCAAAAUGAAAAGCUUGAGGUACACAUGAGAACUCACACUGUAGAAAACCCUUUCACCUGUCAUCAGUCUGGAAAGAGUUUUGAUCAAAAUGAAAAGCUUGAGGUACACGUGAGAACUCACACUGGAGAACGCCCUUUCACCUGCCAACAGUGUGGAGUAAGUUUCACUCAGAAAGCAGCUCUCGAUAGCCAUAUGAGAAGCCACACUAGAGAAAACCCUUUGACCUGCCAACAGUGUGGAAAGAGUUUCAGUUUAAAGGAAAGCCUUAAAAGACACAUGAGAAUUCACACUGGAGAGAAACCUUACUCAUGCCAACAGUGUGGAAAGAGUUUUAAUCAAAAGGGAAACCUUAAACUCCACAUGAAAAUUCAUACAAGAGAAAGGACUUUUAUCUACAAACAGUGUGGAGCAGGUUUUACUCAAAAAGGAACUCUCAAUAGGCACAUGAAAAUUCACACUUUGGAGAAGCUUCACACAUGCCAACAGUGUGGAAAGAGUUUCGAUCAAAAUGAAAAGCUUGAGAUACACACGAGAACUCACACUGGAGAAAACCCUUUCACCUGCCAGCAGUGUGGAGUAAGUUUCACUCAGAAAGCGACUCUCGAUAGCCAUAUGAGAAGCCACACUAGAGAAAACCCUUUGACCUGCCAACAGUGUGGAGUAAGUUUUACUCAAAAAGGAACUCUCAAUAGGCACAUGAAAAUUCACACUGGGGAGAAGCCUCACACAUGCCAACAGGUUGGAAAGAGUUUCGAUCUAAAUGAAAAGCUUGAGAUACACACAAGAACUCACACUGGAGAAAAUCCUUUGACCUGCCAACAGUGUGGAAAGAGUUUUGAUCAAAAUGAAAAGCUUGAGAUACACACGAGAACUCACACUGGAGAAAACCCUUUGACCUGCCAACAGUGUGGAGUAAGUUUUACUCAAAAAGGAACUCUCAAUAGGCACAUGAAAAUUCACACUGGGGAGAAGCCUCACACAUGCCAACAGUGUGGAAAGAGUUUCAAUCAAAAUGAAAAGCUUGAGAUACACAUGAGAACUCACACUGGAGAAAACCCUUUCACCUGCCAGCAGUGUGGAAAGAGUUUCGAUCAAAAUGAAAAGCUUGGGAUACACAUGAGAAGUCACACUGGAGAAAACCCUUUGACCUGCCAACAGUGUGGAAAGAGUUUCCGUCUAAAAGAAAGCCUUAAAAGGCAUAUGAGAAUUCACACUGGAGAGAAACCUUAUUCAUGCCCUCGAUGUGGAAAGAGUUUUAAUCAAAAGGGAAACCUUAAACUCCACAUGAAAAUUCAUACAAGAGAAAGGACUUUUACCUACAAACAGUGUGGAGCAGGCUUUACUCAAAAAGGAACUCUCAAUAGGCACAUGAAAAUUCACACUUUGGAGAAGCUUCACAAAUGCCAACAGUGUGGAAAGAGUUUCGAUCAAAAUGAAAAGCUUGAGGUACACGUGAGAACUCACACUGGAGAAAACCCUUUCACCUAUCAUCAGUCUGAAAAGAGUUUCGAUCAAAAUGAAAAGCUUGAGGUACACGUGAGAACUCACACUGGAGAAAACCCUUUCACCUGCCAGCAGUGUGGAAAAAGUUUCAAUCUAAAAAGAAACCUUAACAGGCACAUGAGAAUUCACAGUGAGAGGAAGCCUUACACAUGCUCUCAGUGUGGGCGGAAUUUUUAUUCUCAUGGAAACCUGAAAGCCCACAUGACAAUUCAUACAGGUGAAACUCCUUUUACCUGCCAUCAGUGUGGAAAAAGUUUCAGCCGAAAAGGAACCCUUAAAAUGCACAUGAGAGUGCACACUAGAGAAAGCCCUUUCGCUUGCCAACAGUGUGGAAAGAGUUUCAGUCUAAAAGGAAGCCUUAAAAGACACAUGAGAAUUCACACUGGAGAGAAACCUUACUCAUGCCCUCAGUGUGGAAAGAGUUUUCGUCACCAUGGAAACCUUAAAGUCCACAUGAAAAUUCAUACAGGAGAAAAACCUUUCACCAGCCAACAGUGUGGAGUAAGUUUUACUCAAACAGGGACUCCCAAUAGGGACAUGAGAGUACACACUGAAGAAAGACGUUUGACCAGCCAACAGUACGAAAUAAAUUAAUUUAAGAAGACAUGCUUAACAGGCAAAUGAGAUUUCACACCAGAGAAAAAGUUUUAAUGAGCAUAACCUGAAGUCAUACUGGAGAGACCUUUUACCUGCAUACAAUGUGGAAGUUUCUGCAGAAGUCCAUAUCUGGCUCAUGAGAGAGAAGCCAUUUACAUGUGAUCAGUGUGGACAGAGUUUCAGAUAAACCUAACCCUUAAGCUCAAUCCUUGAGGAUACACUCCAGAAAAUGUCAUCAAAGUGGAAGUUUCACAAAUAGGAAACACUUAAAAGUCAUGUAAUAACUCUCAUCAGAGAGAGGUCUUACAUGUCACAUUACUGUUAAAAGACUUGCAGAAACUAAGCAAACCUUGAGGUUCACACUGGAGAUGAAUUUUUCACUUGCCCCCGGUGUGGAAUGAGUUUCAACCUUAAAGGAAGUGUGAACAUUCACAUGGGACUUCACAAUGCAGAAAGAUAUUUCAUAUGUCUUUAAAGUGAAUAGUUUCAUAUAUCAAAAGGCCUGUUUACAAUUGGUCACGUUAUGCAUUUUCUCUGAUCAGAUCUUGAAAAGACCUGGUGGGAAUACCCUCCAAAAUGCUUUUGAGACACAUUUAAAUCAGAUCGCUCAAACCAAAUCAAGAGGUGGUCAGGGCCACAUUCUAGAAGAAGCUGGACAAUGUAAAUGCAUCUGGUUGUUGAAACCACGUAUGCAAAUUUUACUUCUCCUAAAAUAUUCCCGAAAUAUCCUUGUGGGUAGUGCGCAGACAUAUAGCACAACUGUGCUCGCAGCAACCCGAGUUCGAAUCCCGCCUCAAGAUCCUUUGCCUCUCCGCCCAGUACUUUCCUGUUAUCUCUACCUUCCUGUCCAUUAAAGGCCCAAAAAAGCCCAAAAAUAUAACUAAUAUAGUUAUUAUUUAAAAAUAAUAAUAAUAAUAAUAAACAUCAGAGGGCUUUAACGGCUAUGUGGCAUGUUAUAAUCAGAUUUGACAGUGUUAAUGCAACACACAUCGCAACGGAUUAAAAAGUAGUGAGUAGUUAAAAGUAGUGAGACUAACCUAGUUAGUCUAUCUUUCUGGCAGUGCUGAUGCUCUCUCCUGUUGCAGUCUUUGAUCUUGAAAUUAGCUGAUAAUGAAUAAAAUCUUUAGAUUUAGAAGAUUUAUUUUUGGCCUUUAUUAUGAUAGGAUAGAUUGCGAAGUGGGAGAGAGAGAGGGGCUAGGAUCGGGAAAGGUCCUCGAGCCGGGAUUCAAACUCGAGAUGCCCGCACUACCCAUAAGGCUAUCGGCGCUGACGUGAAGACACGUGUAAAUGGAAACAUUUGAACAAAUCAGAUAGAUAUCCAAUGAGAGAAAACGCAUGAAGUGACCAAUUGUAAAUAGGCCCAUAGAGACUACUCUAAGUUCUACUCAGUGUGGCAGAAGGUUUACAAAAAAAGAAUUUCAGUAAUCAGUUAUGCAUUCAUUCUGGAAGAAUUUAAGUAGUGCAAAUGUGAGACCCUAUUUAUAUAUCUCAUUACUCAUAGAAAUACAUUUUUUAAAUGUGUUGCCACUAGUUUUUAUAACCCAACUUUGAGACCAACAUUAGUCAUGCAAAAAAAAAAAAAAAUAUAUAUUUUGUUGUAUAUUUGAUUGCUACACUGUGUACAUACUGUGUUAUGUUGUUAUGUUAACUGUAAAUAUAUUCCACACUUUUUGCAAGGAACUAUUGUGUGAUCUUGUCCUCUUUCCUUUUUUAGUUUUCUUUUAGUUGAUAUCCUUACAGAGAGGUUAGGACGUGAUAAUUGGGAGUUUGUCUGUUAACAACAAUUGGAAAUGUAGAUUUAAAUUUGAUCUGUAAGUAGGGGCGGGCUUACCAAGUUUUUAUAAUUUAGAGGUAAGUGUUGGUAGGGUGGUAGCCAAAUCGGUAGAGUGAUCAUACGUGACAAUUUUCCCAGACAUGUCCUGGCCAGGAUCUGCCUUAAAUGUCUAGGUUUAGGCUUUGUUUUCCUGUUUUCAUACUCAGCAAAAGUAAUGAUAAAAAAUUAGCAAUAAUAAGUUUGACAAGUAACUUGCAGGCAUUGUACAUAAUCAACCAAUUGUAGUGUAUGAGAUACUGGGAUCUACAGAAAACGAUGGAAAUGCAUGUACAUAUUAUGUGUGCUCGACUUAAAGCGGCACUGCGCAGCCCGAUUGGUGUAUGACAUUAAUCAGAAACAGAAUCAGAAAGAGCUUUAUUGCAAAGUGUGCUCACACACACAGGGAAUUUGUCUUGGUGACAGAAGCUUCCAGUGGCCAAUGGCUACAUUUCCCGAAACCUUCUUAAAAGAGUUAGACUGGAGCCAGUCCAGUAUAGGAUUGACUUUAAGCUCCCAGUAUUUGUAUGUAAGUGUUUGAAUGGGUUAGCUCUCUCUUACCUGUCAGAGCUCUUACAGGUGCACAACCCUGCUAAAUCUUUAAGGUCUUCUGACCAAUCAAUUUUAGUUGUUCAGAGGAUGAGGCACAAGCAAAAGGGGUGAUCGGGCCUUUGCAGUGGCAGCUCAAAAAAAGAUGGAACGGUCUUCCUUUCCACAUCAGAAAUUGUCCUACUCUAAAUAUUUUUAAAAGAUGUCUGAAGGCUCAUUUUGUGUGCGUAGCUUGUGAUCUUCAUUAUUGUACUGCACUUUGGUCAGUGCUUUAUUUUAAUAGUGCUUUAUAAAUAAAUAAACUGAACUGAAUCUUGCCUAUUCUCACCUGUGUCUAAGCUAAAUCUGUAUUGCGCAUCCUUUUGACUCUGUAUCAGUUCCACUGUCAAUAAAUACCACUUGAUCAU